AUGACCAAUCACCCACUGUUCGCCAUGGCAGCAGCUCAAAGCGAGAGCAACCACAGCGGCGUGCCGGAAGAAGGAGCGGAGGGCCUUGUUGCCGAGGCACGGGGGGCUUGGGUCCUGUACCAGGGCUGCUGGCUGAGACCCCCGGCCGCGCAGAGCGUCAUGAUCGUGCAAGAGCACUUCGAGGCUCGUCCCGACGACACCUUCCUCCUCACCUUCCCCAAGUGCGGCACCACCUGGCUCAAGGCCCUUGCCUUCACGGUGACGAACCGUUCCUGCCACGCCGUCACCGGCGACGGCCACCCGCUGCUCAGCCGCCACCCUCAGGACCUCGUGCCCUUUCUCGAGGCGCCCUACCGCCAGCUCCACCCUCUCGCGGAUCUCGAGAAGCUCGCCUCCCCCAGGCUCCUCUCCACCCACAUGCCGCUCACGCUGCUGCCUCCGUGCAUGUCCAGCCUCGGUUGCCGAAUUGUGUACCUGUGCCGCAAUCCCAAGGAUGUGUUCGUGUCGUUAUGGCAGUUCAUCAGCAAGGUAAAUGCGGACUACACCAUGGACAAAGCAUUUGAGUUGUUUUCCGAUGGUGUGUGCCCAUAUGGGCCAAUCUGGGAACACAACCUUGGGUUCUGGAAGAAAAGCAUAGCAGAGAGCGACAGAGUUCUUUUCUUGAAGUAUGACGAGAUGAUGGCCGAACCCGUCAAGCACGUCCUGAUGCUCGCCAAGUUCCUCUGUGUCCCCUUCACUGAGGAGGAGGUGAGCCGCGGAGUCGUGGAGGAUGUUGUGCACCUGUGUAGCUUCGAUAAGCUCAGGAGCGUACCUGUGAACUCAUCAGGAGUCACUGAUAGGAUUGGCGGGGUGCCAAUGGAGAACUCUUCCUACUUUAGGACCGGGAAGGUUGGCGACUGGGAAAACCACUUGACGGAAGAGAUGGCAAAGAAGCUAGAUGCCAUUGUCGAGGAGAAACUGAGAGGAUCAGGUCUCAUGUUUUGA